UUGACAAGUGCAUUACUUCAUGAACAUGAUGAACUGCAUACGCACUGGGGUCAAGGUGACACAUUAUCAAUAGUUGCACAGCUAAACUCGGUGCCUGGUGGUAUAAGCCAGGGUUCGCUGACGCGGAGUCCUAGGCGCGGCAUCAGAGACAGAUCUGUCUGCCAACAUGGCGAUCACGGACAGAGUCAUCUCCGUUUUGACAAACGCCAACUACAUUUCUACCGUGCCUUUCCUCCUGUGUGCGGUAGUGACUUUCUUGGUCACGGCGGUGGUAUGGCGGCGACUGACGUACUGGAGCAAAUACACUUGGCCGCCCGGGCCUUGGGGCUGGCCCUUGAUCGGUAGUUCACUGCUGAUCGCUCCACACUCUGGACAGACCAAUGCCAAUAUCACCAGGAUUGGAAAGCAGUACCAUCCAGAUAUGUUCACGCUGACUUUGUACUUUGGAAAGCGCAUACUCAUUUUAAACAGCUACGAGUCCAUUAAAGACGCCUUCGUGAAGCAAUCAGCAUUGGUUUCUGACCGUCCUAGUGUGUGGUCAUUUACGUAUGUCAAUGAAAAUCUUCAAAAUGUUGGUGUCUUCUUGGAGGCUUUCACCGAGAGUUGGAAGAGAGAGAAGAAGUACAUGUUGCGAACCGUUCGUCAGUUUGGCUAUGGUACCUCCGGCUCGGAAAGCAUCUGCCUCCAAGAAGCUAAUCACCUGGCCGAGCUGAUCAAGAAAAGGGGCGGGAAGCCAUUUGAGCUUGGCCUCCCUGUCAGCCUCUGCCUCCUCAACGUGACUUUCUCCAUGAUCCUUGGUACCACCUACGAGGAAGAUGACAAGGAGUUCAACAAGUUAUUGGAUUAUGUCCUGUCGUGGUAUCUUGAGGUCUUCAUGCUGUACGACAUAGAGCCGCUUUUGCCCCUCUGCAAUAAGUUCGGCCUCAGCCCUCGACUGAACAAGGGAAAGAUGAUGACGAAGGAGAUGCUGGCGUUCGUACAGAAGCACAUUGACAAUCACAAGGCUACCCUGGACCCAGACCAUCCUCGCGACAUGGUGGACGCGUGUCUGAUCGAGAUGGCUAAAGGUGACCCCAACAGUGACCUGAGAGAGUUCACGGACGAGAAGCUCUUGUGGAUGCUCUUCUUCUUCAUCCCAGACCAGGGAGACACGGCCGGGGGUCUAUUCCUCUUCCUGAUGCUGGCCACUGCCCUGCAUCCUGAGGUGCAGCAGCGCGUCUUCCAGGAGAUCCAAGACGUCAUCGGGGACCGGCCGCCCUCGCUGAAGGAUAAAGAGAAGAUGCCGUACACGGAGGCUGUUAUCCUGGAAACCCUUCGCAUGGAUACCACCUUCUGGCUUCUGGUCCCACACUUCACCGCAGACGAUGUUGAGAUUCUCGGCUACAAGAUUCCCAAAGACACCUCGGUCAUUCCAAACAUCUACGCGGUCCACUUUGAUCCGGAGCUGUGGGGUGAUCCGGAAAACUUCCGACCUGAGAGGUUUAUCGACGAACAAGGCCGCAUCAAUCGACCAGAUUACUUCAUUCCCUACUCAACCGGACGCAGGUCGUGUGUCGGAGAGCAGAUGUCCCAGAAACAGUUCUUCCUGUUCUACAUCACUUUGAUCCAGAAGUACAAGUUCAAGCUCCCAGAUGGUGACCCCAUACCCAAGUUGGAAUCGCAGUGGUUGUUUGUCAUCCCGCCCAAUUACCGUCUGCAAGCAGAGCCCAGGGAGUAAACGAACUGCAUCGGUGGAGCACAGCGUGCAUGUUAUAAUCAUCAUUAUAAAAUUAUUGUUUCUAGCUUUGCUUUAAAUUGCGAUUGUACUGAUCAGCUGCACGUAAAGAUCCUGCUUGCCUUGUCAUUGCGGAGAGAAGUGAUGUUUAUCAACUUAUUAUAAGAUCAUUUUAAGUGCACGUGCUAAAGCGUUUGAACAUACUUAGGUGUGAUGGAACUGAUUUUCUUAAGUAAGAUCAAAUCGAUAAAAUUAUUGAUGUAAUUAAUGGACCAAUCGGCACAUUGCAAACAAAGUAAUUAAUGUUGGAACUGA